ACUUGUCCUAUUUGUUUUGAAUUAUGGACAACCUCUGGUUCUCAUAGAAUAGUAUCUUUAAAAUGUGGUCAUUUAUUUGGUCAAAGCUGUAUCCAAAAAUGGUUAAAAGGACAAAAUGGAAAAUGUCCUCAGUGUAAUGCUAAAGCUAAAAGAAUGGAUAUUAGAGUGCUAUAUGCUAAAGCAAUAAAAGCUUUAGAUACGACAGAAAGAGACAGAGCUUUAGAAGAAUUGGCUAAAGAAAGGGAAAGUAAAAGGAAAAUGGAAUUAGAAAAGGCUCAAUUAAGUUUACGAUAUCAACAGUCUAUAGAAGAGUGUACUGUAUUACGUAAUGAACAAGAUAUUUUACUUAGAGAAAUAGAAUUAUUAAGGUGUGGUCAAUUUUAUCAAAAUCAUUGUGAGCCUUGUAUAAUCUCAUCUCAGACAGUCUGUACUGGACAGUUCAAACUAGAUAAAACUAUCAAUAUCUCUCAAGAAGGGAAAUGUCGUGUCUUAGCCUACAGUUCCUCAUUAGCAGCAUUAUUAGUUAGUCAACCAUCUAACAGCCAUCUCUUUAAAGGAUUCGGUGUGAAGAAGAUCAGUACGAUGGAUUUAAAGACAUUUCAGUAUGUACCUAUACAUUCCAAUGUUAUACGUGAUAUAUGUUUUCAUCCAGUCUAUGAUGAUGGUAUGCUACUCAGUUGUGGUAUGGAUAAAACUAUUAAAAUAACCAGUAUUAUGAGUAAUGCUGUCGUUCAAACAUAUGAGUCUAGUCUACCAGUAUGGAGUUGUGUAUGGAACACUAGUAAUAAACUAUAUUUCUAUGCUGGACUAUCUAAUGGUACUGUAUUAGAAUAUGAUACUAGAAAUACCAGUGAAGCUGUACAGGAAAUAAAUAAAGAAGCUAAAAGAGCUCCUGUAGUAUCAUUACAAUAUGUCCCUAAAGAUGAUGAUGCUAAUUUUAAACAAGAAGGUUUAUUAGUAGGCCAAUUAGAUCAGACAAGUUUUUAUGAGAAAAAAAAUGAAAGUGAACUUAAGUUACAUUUAUUACCAUUAGAUGGUGAUUUAUGUUUUGAUUCAUCAUCUCGUCAACUAUUAGCCAGUUUCAGAUCUUCAACUAAAUAUCCCUAUGCCAGACAUCAGCUAUGUAGAUUAACAGCAAGUCGUCUGAGUGAAUCCCAGUCUAUAGAUGAUAUCUGUUCGUGUUCAACACUACACAGUUUACGUGCUGGUAAAGCUCAAGCUACUCUAUCAAGAUCUACAUUAUUUCAUACUGGUGAUGAUAGUAAUAGAUUGAUAAUAUGUGGUGCUGGUAAUAAUGGUAAUGAUGAAUCUACUGCUACUGUUCAAACGUGGGAUGGUUUAACUGGUCAACAACUACAGAAGUUACCAUGUGGUGGUGUUCCUUUAGACAUGUUACCAAUUAAUAUUAAUAAUACUAAACAUCUAGCAGUAUUACUAAAUACUCAACUUAAAAUAUACCGAUGGCAAUGA